AUGUGGAAUGAACAAUUUUGGUUGCCUAGAAAUACAACUUGGAACGAUUUUCUUGAACUUGAACAAAAAGGUAUUCGUAUACCACAAUUACGUGAUCUUAUUUAUGUUUAUCCAUUGGCUGGUAUACUUUAUAUAAUAAGAGUUUUAUUUGAAUAUUACAUAGCUCGACCAAUUGGUCGAGCAUUUGGUAUUCAAGAUACUCAUCUACGUAAUUCACAUGUUACUCGAUUAGGAAAAUUUAAUGAAUCAUUUUGGCGUUUUACUUUUUAUUUUACUAUGUCUAUAUAUGGUAUAAUUAUUUUACAAAAUAAAUCAUGGACAUGGGAUACACGACAUUGUUGGUUAAAUUAUCCAAAUCAUCCAUUAACAGAUGAUAUUUUUUGGUAUUAUAUGAUAGAACUUGCUAAUUAUUGGUCAUUAAUAUUUUCACAAUUUAUUGAUGUUAAACGAAAAGAUUUUUGGCAAAUGUUUAUUCAUCAUAUUGCAACAAUAGCAUUACUUUCAUUUUCUUAUAUGGUGAAUUUUGUACGUAUUGGAACAUUAGUAAUUGUCAUACAUGAUUGUGGAGAUUAUUGGCUUGAAGGUGGUAAAAUGGCAAAAUAUGCACGAGCUCAAAAAAUAUGUGAUACAUUAUUUAUUAUAUUUGCAAUUGUUUGGUUUAUAACACGUCUAUGUUAUUAUCCAUAUAAAGUAUUGUAUUCAACGACAUUUGAAGAAUUAACUAUACUUGGUUCUUUUCCUGCUUUGUAUGGAUUUAAUGGUCUUUUAAUACUUCUACAAAUUCUUCAUUAUUUCUGGUUUUAUCUAAUUUGUCGAGUAGCUAUUUCAGCAUUUAAAGCUGGCAAAGUAGAAAAAGAUAAUCGAAGUGAUAGUGAUGAAAGUGAUGAUGAAUCAUCUAAUAAAAAUGUUGAUAUUGAUAAACACAAGUGA